AUGGGGGCCCUACUCUCCUUGCCUCUUUUGGCAAUUCCCAGCGCCAGUACGCUGAUCACUGUUGCGACUUCAUGUUGCGGCGCUGCAACUUGCUCGGCAGUAUGUAGUGCAUGUGGGAAAUUCCAGAACAGUAUGGCUACGAGGAUUGCCUACGCCUUCAUCCUUCUUAUCAACUCGAUCAUAUCUUGGAUAAUGCUUACACCAUUUGCGCUCAAAAAAUUACAACACUUGACUUUGGAUUAUAUGGAAAUUCGGUGUGAUGGCAAAGAAUGCACUGGCUGGGUGGCUGUUCAUCGCAUCAACUUUGCCCUUGGUCUGUUUCACCUCAUUCUUGCAGUCUGGCUGCUUGGAGUGAAGUCGUCCAAAGACGGCCGCGCGUCUCUCCAGAACGGGUUCUGGGGUCCAAAGAUUAUACUGUGGAUCCUCUUCGUGGUCAUGUCAUUUUUCAUUCCCGAGCCUUUCUUCUUCGUCUACGGUCAUUACAUUGCCUUCAUCUGCGCGAUGCUGUUCCUUUUGCUGGGGCUCAUCCUCCUUGUUGACCUGGCACAUUCAUGGGCGGAGCUAUGUCUGCAGAAGAUCGACGACAAUGACUCACGGAUCUGGCGGGGUCUGCUCAUCGGAUCGACCGUGGGCAUGUACCUUGCAUCAAUCGGGAUGACGAUCUUGAUGUACAUCUUCUUUGCUCGCAGUGGAUGCACCAUGAACCAGGCAGCCAUCAGCAUUAAUCUCGUGGUAUUCUUGAUCAUUUCCGUCGUCUCCGUUCAACCCGUGGUUCAGGAAUCCAACCCCAGAGCAGGACUGGCCCAGGCCGCCAUGGUUACUGUCUAUUGCACGUACCUGACCUUGUCGGCUGUUUCGAUGGAGCCGGAUGACAAUCAAUGCAACCCCCUGAUUCGGGCUCGAGGCACGAGAACCGCCACUAUUGUCUUGGGUGCGAUUGCCACCAUGGCCACGAUUGCGUAUACUACUACCCGUGCGGCCACCCAAGGUAUCGCUCUCGGAUCCAAAGGCGGACACAACUACUCGCAACUGGGCAUGGAUGACAACGAGCAUGGCCUUGUGACCCAGCAACCCACCAGUCGCCGUGAGAUGCGUGCCGACGCUCUCCGUGCGGCCGUUGCCAGCGGUAGUUUGCCUGCCAGUGCACUGGACGAAGACAGCGAUGACGAGUCCGACUGUGACGAGACCAAGGACGAUGAGAGAGGCUCAACCCAGUACAACUACUCGCUUUUCCACAUCAUUUUCUUCCUAGCGACCACGUGGGUGGCCACGCUAUUGACGCAAAAUCUGGACCCUGAUUCCAUCGAUGACUUUGCCCCCGUUGGUCGGACGUACUGGGCCAGUUGGGUGAAGAUCAUCAGCGCUUGGGUGUGCUACGCCAUUUACCUGUGGACCUUGGUCGCCCCAGUUGUUCUUCCCGAUCGCUUUGACACCUACUGA